AUGGAAAUGCUUCAGCUUGCUGUCGUGUGUGUCCUGCUCAGUGCAGGACUGACCUUCGCUGCUGUUGAGGAGGAGGAUCCAGAGUUCUGGCGUUCUCUCGCCCAUGAUGACCUGGAGGCAGCUCUCAACAGGAAGCUGAACACCAACGUGGCCAGAAACGUCAUGCUGUUCCUGGGAGACGGUAUGGGUAUCACCACCAUCACCGCUGCCCGCAUCCUUAAGGGUCAGCUGCAGAACCGCACCGGAGAGGAGACCGUCAUGACCAUGGACACGUUCCCUUAUGUGGGGUUGGCCAAGGUACACACACAGGAAUUUCAGAUCCCCUGAAGCAGUGCUGCCACGAAGCCACAAGCGUAUCUGUGUGAGAGGAAUAACAACAUGAGCGUGGUGGGGGUCAAGCUACUGGGCCGAAUGGUGUGUCACGCCGCAUAAAAGGGCUGCCAGGUCACCUCCAUCCUCAAAUGGGCCAAGGGCAUGAGGAAGUCUGUGGGCAUCGUGACCACGACGCGUGUCCAGCAUGCCACCCCUGCAGCCAGUUAUGCCCACAGCGCCAGCCGCACCUGGUACAGCGACUCAGAUCUGCCCCCUGGAGUCCAGCAGGGGGGCUGCACCGACAUCGCCAGCCAGCUGCUCAACAACACCGACAUCGACGUGAUCAUUGGAGGGGGCAGGAAGUACAUGAGCCCAAAGGGCACUCCAGACCCCGAGUACCCCACUGACCCCACCUCCAGGGGCCAGCGCUCCGACAACAGGACUCUCAUCAGCGAGUGGCUCAGCAUGAAGGAAGGGAAGGUGGCUCACUACGUGUGGAACCGCACAGACUUUGAUGCUGUUGACCCAGAGACCACCGACUAUCUCAUGGCGUUGUUUGAGCCGGGGGACCUGCGCUUUGAGCAGGAGAGAGACCCUGCGCUUGACCCCUCUCUGGUGGAGAGCACAGAGAAAGCAAUCCGCAUCCUCCGCAAGAACCCCAAAGGAUUCUUCCUACUGGUGGAGGGUGGGCGCAUUGAUCAGGGGCACCAUGCCAGUCGUGCCUCCAUGGCUCUGCAUGAAGCCGUGGCGCUGGACGAGGCGGUGGCCAAAGGCCUGGAGCUGACCAAUGAGGAGGAUACGCUGACCCUGGUCACUGCUGACCACUCCCACGGCCUCAGCUUCAACGGGUACCCCUUCAGAGGAAACAGCAUUCUGGGUAAAUCCCCCCUCUAUGGAAGGGACUUCUUGCCCUAUACCACUCUGAUGUACGGAAAUGGCCCUGGACACAAAAUCGUCAAAAACAAGCGCCCAGACAUCCGCAAAGUCAACACCAAGCUUGGGCACUAUGUCCAGCAGGCGGCGGUCCCACUGGACUCAGAGACUCAUGGUGGGGAGGAUGUGGCGGUGUUCGCCCGCGGCCCCAUGGCUCACCUGCUGCAGGGCGUCCACGAGCAGAGCUACCUGCCCCACCAUGGUUUCACGCGCCGCAUCGGCAUCGGUCACUCCACGCGGAACGCGGCGAGCCCGUGCUGGUGUGAGGACGUGGACUUCAGGCACGGUCUGUCUGAUAGAGGAGACGCGAGCGACGCCAAUGCUGCUGCUGCUGCUGCCGCCAACUAG